AUGAUGGACAUUUCUGUAUCUUCUCGGGAAGAAGAAGGUCCCCGAGAUGAGAUUAUUAACUCAAUGUUGAACAGUGCCCGUAGUGCAAUGAAGCUAGGCAUGUUCGAGGAGGCCAUGGGACGGCUCGAGGAAAUCCUCGAAUGCGGAACAACCGAUAUUCAAUUACUCGGCAGAAUCUACAUGUACUACGGAAGAGUACUCAGAUAUUUGAAGCAUGAAACUAAGGCUCUUGAGUUUUUUGAACACGAGCUCAAUGUGCUAAAACUGACCUUCAUUUAUCCAAAAGCGUGCGACUCCUCGCGGCGAAUCGUUGAACUUGCACUCUCGAUGGGAAAAAUUUCAAAAGCCAAGCGAUGUGCAGAAGAUCUCAUUGACUACACCAGCAAUCGAAAAGAAGGAGAAACAUUCGUCAGAAUCGCAAGAACUCUUCUCGUGACAGUUUGCUUGGAAGGUUAUGAACGAAAAUUGGAAGGCAAUCCCGAGGAGAACAAACGACUUCUCACUAUUAGUGCCGAACAGAUUUCCAAAAUCAAACAGAUAAAUGAAGAGCACCCCGAUAAUAUUUCCAAAGUCGAAAUUUUAAUGCUUGAGGCGAAGUGCCUUGCUUUGCAAGAAAAACAGAGAGAAUCCCAUCAAACGUAUCAGGACUGUAUUGAUUUGUGUAUCAAAACCGAUCAACUAGCAAACGUUCACCGAGCCUACUACGAAAUGGCUCUCUAUGCUGAAGGAAAUAUGCUCAUUUUCAUCGUCAACAAUCUGAGAAGUGCGUCAUAUUAUGUGUCGAAAUAUGGAACGACGCGAGAAGUAGCCAAGUACAAACGGGAGUUAGCUGAUAAACUGUUGGCGUUCGGAAACCCCCACGAGGCGUACUGCAACGCUAUGGAGGCGUUGGAACUGAUUCGCCAACAAAACUUGAAUGAAUACCUCAAAGACACUCUUUUACUCGUUGCAAAAUGUCUGGCCGCGCUUGGAAGGAGACAACAAUCGGCUUACUUUAUCGUUCUCGGAAGUGUUCUCACUAUCAAACAGGAUUGCUUCGAAAAGUUUUAUAAGCUCAUUGACGAAGUGAUGACAGCCGAGAGAAAUGAUACAGAAGAAGGAAAAGAUGUGAGCCUAGCUUUAGAUGCAUCCGCGGAUCCGGUUGCGCCGAAUGAGGUCGUGACAAAGGUUGUUGUCAAACUCGAACAUGCUACGAAUGUGGAGACAUGGCGAAUGGUAGUCAACGGCAUAAUUGAAGAUCAGAAGCGUCCCGCACCGGUGGUAGAGGAAACUCCGAAGGAGAACGAAGAGCCAAUGGAUUUCAUGGAUCUGAUCUGCAAGAUGAAUUCGCGAAUGGACGAUCAGAGAACUGCAAUGCCAGCGUCAAUCUUCGCAGCACCACGACCCAUAUCUGCCGCUUCCAAAAAGACCACGAAAAGCCACCGAAUCCUCCCUGGCUUCCGUGCGAACAUAGCCAAAAUACAGAAUAUGAAGUUCGACGGCCAAACAGUCAAUAAGCUUUUGAAGCGGUCGAAGAAAAGCAAAACGUCGCUGCACUCAACCUCGACGCAAGGCGAUGAUACUCGAAGUGAUACUGAUGCCACGGUGCUGUCCAAAUAA